AUGUCACGUCCUGAGAAAUACACCUACUCGCCAGUAACGGACUCGGAAAUCCGUCUGGUGACUUUCACCCAGGCCAAAAAAGGCGAGCUAGAAGCAAGCAUACAACACGUUACACUGAACUCAGAUGAUCCGAUCAAAUACGCGGCGCUGUCCUAUUGCUGGGGAGACCCCUCCACCCGGGUCGACGUUCCAUGCGAUGGAAAGGUGCUGAGUAUCACGACCUCACUCCACGAGGCACUUUGUGAGAUUAUUGAAGUCAGUCCUCACAAGACCUUAUGGAUAGAUCAAAUAUGCAUCGACCAGGAGGAUCUCUUCGACAAGUCGAGGCAAGUCAGUAAAAUGAAUGUAAUAUAUGACAAAGCAGAAACAGUCCUCGUCUGGUUGGGACCGCAAACCGAAUCUGCCUCGAGAGCUGUUGAUUUCGUCAAGAAGGUUGGAGAAAUUGCUCUCCCUAAUGCUACAGACAUGUUUCGAUGGGACCACUAUGUUGAUGACGAGGAACACGAAGCCACGAAGCUCGAGAGGGUGGAGAAAUACACGGUGGAGAAAUCUAAGGAGCUGGGCGUCUCUUUUGAUGACUUGGAGUCCUGGGAUGCCUUCUCCGAGUUCUUUGACAAACCUUGGUAUCAAAGGAUGUGGACCGUGCAGGAGAUCAUCCAAGCGCGCAAGGCCUUUGUCGUUUACGGCUCCCACACUCUGCAAUGGGAGCUCGUAAGUGCCGCUGCCAAGUGGUUCGUCUACAAGGCGGAGGUCAUACACAGCCGCCACAGUCGCAGCGUGGACGGCAUGUGGCUGGUCAACCAGAUGGUGUCUAUUCCAUGGCGCGCCAAGAUGGGAAGCGAAUACCACCCGCAACUUUUUGGGCAGAAGAUGAGGCCUACGUGCAAGUGGGGUCUGCGUGAUCUUCUUGAGGAGUUGCGGCCUCGCCUGGCUUCUGAUCCCCGAGACAAGGUGUAUUCUGUAGUUGGCAUCUCUGAGCUAGAUGGCGGUUUCGGAGAUGACAAGCAGAUUGCCAUAGACUACUCCCUAUCUGUCAAAGAUGUAUUCACGAAUGCGGCCGAUAUAAUAUUCAGAACAGAUUUUUCGGAUGGUGUUGAUCUUAUUUGGUCAGCAAGACAACCAAGCAACGAAUCAGGCUGGCCGAGCUGGGUCCCAGAUUGGAGGCAACGAACUGGACAAGGCUGCGAGUGGGAGAUCGGGAAACCAUUCAAGAUAAAUUCUCAUAGGAAUGGUAGAUACAAGUUCAUUCCUACGGACGAUCCAUAUUCUCUGGCAGUACAGGGCAAGAUCAUCGGUAAGGUAACCUACAGGAGUCAGUAUUGCCAUUUUGGCGAACUGUUCCAGUCCAGUGGGCUCCGCGAAGUCUACCAUGAUUGCAUGAAAAGAUUAGAUACCUACCCAACUGGCGAAGACGUUAAGGAAGUCUUUGGGCUUACGAUAUUGGGCGGCAUUUUGAGCAACGGUUUGAAAGAGAAGGAAAUCUCAAUGGAAAGAUACGUUGAGACAUAUAUGGACUUCUUCGACGUCACACAAAUGUCGCAGGCUACUCCCGAAGACAGAGCUGUGCGGGAUCAGGCUCUCGAAAAGUUCUACAAACUAGGAUAUAGCGCCGAAUGGUUGCUAGCAAUUCUUGACGCAUAUUGCGAGCGGAGGCUCUUCCUCACUGACACCAGCUACAUGGGCUUGGCCAACCACAAGGUGAUAGAGGGCGACGUAAUCGCUAUCCUCUUUGGUUUUCGCUGGCCUUGCGUCCUACGUCCAAAAGCUGACAACAAUGGCAAAGACUUUGAGUUUAUCGGUGAGGCAUACGUACAUGGCAUGAUGGAUGGAGAAGGAGUCCAAGACUUGCCAAAAGAUGAAUCCAUGGAGGGCGAUGGAUAUUAUGUUGGCGACCAAUUCCUUCUGAAAUAG